AUGCAUAUUGAGAAGUUGAAGGUUCGGCCGCGUCAGGCGGCCGCUAUCCGUCCGUGUACUGCGCAGUUUGCGACCAUGCUAGCAUGCUGGUCUGCUACCAACGACAUCAUGUCCACAGGUGCUUGUGCAGAAUCAGCGAAGGCACUCAUGUCAUGUAUGCGUACCGCACCUGCCCCGACAAGAAAACACAAGCCGACUAUCAACUACCACCUGGCUCGUCUUGGGAAGACUCUCAACUAG